AUUCGAGUUAUUCAGAUUCUUUUUUCGAUAUUUCCUAUUUACCGGUUUAAUACAAUUUUCCAUAUUUAUAAUGGAGACGGAGUACCUGAAUUUUCCUCCCAUUCCACUCGCUAUCUGGCGAUAGUGUUAGCGAAAUGACAACAGAAUCGGCGUACGCGAUAAUCCGUUCGACACUUAUCCCAGUCGAUCAGAGAUUGUGCUUGUGUUGAUUCACGUACACGCUGGCAUGACGACAAGUAGCCCCUGAUGAUCUUAUAAAAGGAACGUCCGCCGCGGUGACUGGCUACUCGUUGCUAGAGUUCAACCCUGUGCGUACGUUCCUCUGAAUCGAACCGUGAGAUCACAGUCAAGAUGGUGCAGAUCGUCGGCAAAUACCAAUACGUUUCGCACGAGAACUUCGAUGAGUUCAUGAAGGCCCUCGGACAAGGAGAGCUAGCGUCUGUGUUCCUGCAAUCGAAACCCUUGAUCGAGGUGCAAAACAACGGCGACCAAUGGUCCCUCACCGUCAACUCCGACGGAAGGACCAGCUCCGCGACCUUCAAACUCGGCGAGCCCUACGAAGAGAAGCUACCCUCCUCCCCGGAUCGUAAAUUCCAGAGCGUCACGACGAAGGAUGGUGACUCUUUCAGAACGGAGACGCAAGUAACCGACAAUCUGAAGAUCAUUCGGGUUUACGAGUUCACCGACACCGAGAUGAAAGCUCAUCUGUCUACCAACAAGGGCGACCUCAAGGCAGUACGUACAUACAAGAGGCUGUAAACAAAAUUUUUUUAGACUUUUUAACAAAUAAUAUCAUUGUUUUAUAUUAAUUAAAAAUUGAAAACUUUU